CUUCCAAGGUAGUUUGUUCUUCCUUCCUUCAAAUAGCACUUGACGUAUUUUUAUCAAUAAGUUGUAACAAGGAUAAGGUUUGUGAUUCCCACAGCGUGCAUUGUGAUUACUAUAUCACAGUUUAUUACAUUAUUUGUGUAGUAAAUAUGGGAAGUCAUCAGAGCCAUGAAAACAAAACUGACAAGACCGAAGCUGUCAGUGGAAACAGCACGCCUAGAGGUUCUCAGCGAGGUUCGUCACGCUCAGGCUCCGGAGGAGACUUGCAGGGGCUUCAAGAGAAAGUGGAAAAGCCUCCACCAUCUAUGGUGCCUGUAGAAAAGCUCGGCAAGUUACUUGCACAACGAUCGCGCGAAGAAGACGGUAUUAAUGGAGUCACGGAAAAAUGUUUCACGAAGUACCUGUUCCCUAUGUAUCCGGAGCUAGCAAGGCAGUUCUAUAAAUACAUUCAUCGCGUGGGCAAAUGUAAGAAUAAGCACAUACCCCUGUCAACCUUCAGGCAGCACUGCGAACGAAUCCUCAGUAUGUUGGAUGAUGCGGUCAUAAUAGAUACAUACGUCAGAAUGUUUGGUGCGGAAACAGACGACAACAUGAUGACCCCUGAUGGUUUUCGCAGUCUACUGUAUACCAGCUAUAAAUUAUCCAUGGACCACUACCCCGAGGGUCCCCAGACCUGCCUUAUGAUCGAUAAGACCUUAACGGCGGUGGUGAAGGGAUGUUUCAACAAUAAGGACAGUCACAGCAUCGGUUUCGUGGUGCGCUGGUUGGAGGAGCACUGUCACAGGCUCAUAUUCCCCAUACACAGGUAUUGCGUGCACGUGCUGGCUACACGACACCGCGACAUCGAGUCGUCGCGGGCGGGCGACUUGCCGACACCGGUGCUGGAACUGGGCACACCGGUGUUGGAGCGUGCGGCGCCACUGCCGCUGUCGGUGGCGUGGCUGCUGGCCGCCGCCGCGCCGCCGCUCUACUCCCGCCCCCUACACGCCCCCGCCCCGACUCCCGCGUACGGGCUGUCAUCAGCUUCUUGGUUGGCGCGGCUGGUGUGUGCGGUGCCGUCUCACUGGGUGCCGCUGUACUGCUCGCGAGACCACGGCCUCGGUGCCAACCGGUUCCUUCACCACACCACCGCAUACCGGGGUCCAACGAUAGUUGUGAUAGAGGCGGACGGCGUGACGUGUAUAGUUUGCGCACCGCAGGAGUGGAGGGAGACCCAUCAGUACUGGGGCACCGCAGAUACCGCGCUCAUGCAGCUCUAUCCCGCGUUUGCGUUGAUAGAGCGCGCGCCCCGUAUGUUGUACCUGAACACGUCCAUCCGAGGUUAUCCUAAAGGGCUCCGCGCGGGGAGCGACCCCCGCAACCCGCUGCUCUCUAUACCGGAGGACUUCGACACUAUCACAUUCCAAGGAGUGCCUUACACGCUUAUAGCUAUACAGGUGUGGGGGUGUGGGGACCAGGCGUCGCGGGACACUCAGCUCGACAUCAAGAAGUGGCAGGUGCGCGAGGCAGAACGGCAGCGACAGGUGAAGUUAUCAGCGGCUGAGUGGAUCGAGCACCCGGACCGGUAUCUCCUCGAGCUGGCCGGACGACAAGUGUACAAUAAUACUGCCCAGUAAUGUACAGGAAAAGUCAAUGCGUUGUGAAUACAUUGUUGCAAAAAGAUGGCCCCCAACAUCGUUGUAUCAUGUGUGAUUUACUUUAAAUACACAUUAUCGAAGCACAAUCAACAAUAAAAGAUUGCGCAAAACCUAUGGAUUUCAGCAAACUACUUUUAAUUAUUUUAGUCAUGUUUAUUUAUUUUAACAUUAUUGUUUUUUGAUACAACAUUUUUGUCUUUGAUUGUAUAUACUAUCUAUUCUAUUACUACGUAUCUUGCUAGAUUUGAUUGGAUCUUACAUCACUUAUUCUUUUGUUAAGUAAUAAUGUAUUGUAUGGCUGAAUACUUAUAUACUGUACUUACAUACCUCUUAUAUUUUAACUGAGUGUAAUAAUAAUAUUUAAUACGUAAUCAUAUACAUGUGUAAGUGUAGUGAAUAUAUAUGAAACCAAAAACUAUGCAUUGUCCCAUGGGUUUGCUUUGAAUCAUUUUCUAAAUUAAUUACGUUCUUAACAUUAUGUUAUUUUUUUCUAUGGUCAAUCUUUGUUUAUUGCCAGCCAGAUUUGUUUAUUGUUUUAAUACAAAUAGUGCCUUACCUUAGAUAUAAAUUAUAACGCCUUUUGAUAUUGAAUCGAAGAGUAUCAUUUCAUUUACUACUUAAGAAAGCUUAUACUAAAACCAAUGACAUGAAAAUACCAAUAAACGUCGUCAUCCAUUAUACCUAAAAGACGAGAUUUACUUUCUUCUUUGAUGCUAUUUUUUAAUAUUUCCAGCAGGCUUAUUCUUUAACACAAUCUCGAUGUCAAUUUCAAUCCAAUCCAGUGACGAUCUCAAUUUUCAUCAAAUCUUAACUCGUAUUCUUGAAGCAUAGACUCAAUAUUUACUCAAUGUCAAUUAGUUCAUUCAAUAACCACGCAUUAUUGAGCCAAUUGGCGCUAGUGUACCAAAUCAACAGUACGAAACAUUACAAUUGCAAUGUAGAUCUAUCGUGAUUGCAUUAGCCUAGAAGAGUAAGGCGCCUGAACCCCUACUUUCAGUUCUUUUUUAAUAAUAGAAUAUAGAAUUCUAUAUUUUUGUGUAUAGAGAUUUAUGAGCGUUAUUGUCACUAUAAAAAAUGAAAAUGUGUAAAUUGUAAGUUAUAAAUACCAAUAGUUGGAGGAAAUUUUUACUACAUAUGUAUGUGGUAUGUGUGGUGUUGCUCAAUCGAUGGAAUUCCAGCUGUACUUUAUUGUUUUAUGUAAAUUUGGCAGCUUUCAAAUGAAUCCCACUUUUACUUUACCUAUUCUUACCUCUAUAUUGAGUCCGCUACGCAAAUAUAUCCAUAAAAUAGUUCUGUUUUAAUGUAAUUCAGUCAUUAAUUGUUUAAGAUUGUUUAAAUAACUUUAAGUAAAAAACUGUUUCGCAUUUGAGUCAGUCUUCACUAAAUCAAUGGACCAGAUGACGUAGUGAGCGAUAGCAAACUUAUUUAUUAACGAGAGUAUUUAUGGAAAAUUAUGCAAAAUUAUAUUAUAAGUUAGUAAAAACUUUUUUUUUGUGUAAAGGUCGUAACAGACGGUUGAGAUGCUAUAUUAUGAUAUUUAAUCCUGCGAGUCACUCGGACUAACAAUAUAAUGUUAGUACGAAAAUCGUCCGUUAACCUUGCAAAUAGUACCACAAAAGUAUGGAAACGGAUUUCCGAUUUUAUUUUUAAAAUAAAAAAAGGACCAUCAAAAUUCAAACAGUCUCAACUAAAGUAAUUCAACUAAAAUUGAAGAAAACCCUAUUACGACCUAAGAUAUCGUUAAAGGAUUAACCGUAUGAAGUAGCAUAAGUUUUUUUUAUAAACCAGAAUGCGUGUUUAUUCUAAAAAAAAAAAAUUGAAAUCAAAAAGAUUUUCCAUGAUGAAUGGACAGAUCAUAACAAUCUAAUUGAAGCGUUUAUUUUAAAUUUUGAUUGUUUUUGUGCAAAAUAUUUAGCACAUUCUUCUAGUUUAAAUAAAUAAAAACGCGCUUUGGAUUCAGGUGCUUCAUUGAUGCUUUUUCUUUUAGCGGAAUAUUGUGAAGAUGAUGUAAAUAAUACUUAAUAAAUUAACUAUUUUAGUACAU